GGCCUUGGUGUAUUACCUUUGACCUUUACACGCUUCUCUGAACGACGACAGGAAACAACAACCACGUAACGUACAAACAACAACAUUCCCGAAAGAACUGCGCGGGAGGAACCCAGUCAAUGAUAGCAAUAUAGAAUCAGCAGUGCUGUUAGUUGAAAUGAGUGUUACACGUAAAGACAACCCAUCAAGAAUGGUUGCAUUGGAUCUGAUGUUAAGAACAUUUAUGAAUUCAACAGAAUUCAAUGACAUACAAAGCAAAAAUUGGGACGCAAUAUCCAAGCUUAUCCCUGGCACAACACCAAAAGAGUGUGAACUGAGGUUUGAGGAAUUACAAGUAGCUGCUGGUGAUCUGGCUGCUGUCGGUGACCUUUCAACUAUCGCUGCCCAGAGAAUCCAACCGUUACCACGUUCUCACAUCUCUCACUCUCCCCUCACCAAAUAUGUUAAAGGGCUGAUUAAAGAUGACCAUAGACUUUCUGAUCAUACAGCAUAUGAAAAUGAACCUAUUACGAAGAAGCAGUCAAUGCAGGGUUCUGAUACAACAACUACAGAGACAGAAGAAGAAAAAUCUGUAACUUUAGACCAAGGACCUAAUAUGGUAAUUCAUGUUUGUGAUGAAGCAAAAAAUUUAAAAAGAGAUUUCAUGUGUCCACGAGACCUCCUUGUUCAAGAGAUGCAGUACUUCUCCGAGUAUUUAUCAGUGGAUGCACAACGAUGGGAAGAGGUUGACAUCUCUGUACAUUGUGACGUGCAAAUAUUUGAUUGGCUGAUGAGGUUUGUGAAACGACAGGAUCCUACAUCAACACAAACUGUGCCUGAACUUGAGGCCAGUAAUGUUGUUUCAAUAUUGAUCUCAUCGGAUUUCCUGAAAAUGAAGAAUCUUGUACAAGAAUGCAUAGAAUAUUGUCAUGACAACAUGAGUGCUAUUGUUGCUACGCCCUGUAACAUGAAUUGCAUCAAUGAUGACCUAACUACAAGGAUUGCUGCAUUGUUUACAGAUGUGGAAGUAGAUGGAGUGAAAGACCGUAAAGACAAGUUCAAAAGUAAACUAUUCUGUAAGAAAAUCUAUGAUCUUUUUCAACCAGGCCAAAAAGCUGCAUCACUCUUCAGAUGUCAAUUUUGUAAAAAAUUAUUAACCACAGAGUUAAAGAGUAAAGUGAAAUGUUUGACAAAAAGAUUAACAAUAGAUCAGCAUGGCAACAUAGCAUUUAACCAUGUAAGGGAUCCAAGUUGGGAUGUGAAUGAAUACUUGUUGUGUUUGCGGAAUCAAACAAAAAAUUGGCAGGAAGUUUACUGGCAAGUUUGGGGAACAGUCAACUUCCUCUCCUGCUCUCGUUGUAAACAGGUUUUUCCGUGCUCAGAACUUGGACAUUGCCGCUAUCAUCCAGACACUGCUCGCUUUCUUGUCGGUGAUGGAUUGAAACCAACAUCAGUUGGAAACUUUGGAUGUUGCAACCUCAAUGUGCUUCGAUUUGAUCCUUUAGAAGAGCACACUGGUUGCCGUGUGCGUGAUCAUGUGGUAAAUCUUCAGCAAGAAGAUGAUGUUGAUACUAAGACACUGGACAUCCUCUUACAAAGACGUGACAUCAUUUGCAUACCCCCACCAUCUCAAGACAAUGAAAGAAGCAAAGAUGUAAAUGUUUUUAGUGAAGAGGAGGCUGUUCUUGGCGUGAGCAAUGUGGGUAUAACAACAAAGGGCCAACUUCAGCAUAUCUUUCCAGACGAUAAUGCCAUGUUUGCAAGACCAGAGGUAUGUAUGCACUGUAGUGGUGUUUCUAGAUAUGAAACCGCUUCGGUGGAUGAAGAUGAUGACAGUGAUGAUGAGAUUGGUGAUGAGGAACUACCCAAAGUUAAAUCUUCAAAACAUCCCAAGUCAACAAGAAGAAUUUCUAGUAGAUUAUUCAGUGCUAAGGAUAAGCAGCCCUCAAGCACAUCUGUUGAACAUAACAUUGGUUAUAUUCCGUAUGUACGACAGAAAUGGGAUCCUCAAUGCUCAUUACGUUUCAAUCAGGAUGCACAGAGACAAGAUGAUCAAAAACGAAUGAAUGAAUUGGUGAAUUAUCUGGUUAAACAGCGUGUUUCUCCAUCAACCGAGAGAGUAGAGAAGAGCAGGCAGAAAGAGUAUGCUGGUGGAAUAUUCAGCAGACUUGAGGCACAGUUUAGAAAUAAUUACCAAAUGAACAAAGCAAGCUCUUUACAGCCUGUUCAAAAGUCUAAAACUAGAUUAAACCAAAGAAUGCCUUUGAUGUAACACUGAUCACCAUGGAAAGUGAUGUAAAAGAGGUCAGAGCAGAUGCAGACAAACAUCAGUGUAACAGAACUCGGGGCAAAUGUGGACUCCCAUCAAAAUAAUAGAGCUCGGGGCAAAUGCAGAAACACAUCUGUUUUAAAAUAGAGCUUAAGUUAAGUGUGCACACCUGUUGAUGCAACAGUGCUCAGAAUAAGUGGACAUCUAUCGUCGGUCUUACAGCCUCAAGACAAAUGCGGACACUUAAUUAUAAUAGAAACCCAACAAUAUCAAUAACCGAACAUGACUGGUGCUACAUAAUUUUAGUUUAUUCUGGAAAAAAUAACUAAUAUUUAUAUCCUUGAUGUAUUGAAAUAAUUUUAUCACAAUUCCUAAUUUUAAUGAUUGUUUUAAUAAUUAUAUUAUACAAGUUGUAUUUAGCUGUAUAUAUAUGUUUGAUACAGUAUUUUCUUAGACUGGUUUUAUUGGAAAUGGAGAAUUAGGCCAGUUAUAUUCCCAUCUUGCAUAUUUUAAUGAAGUAUAACUACCAAUAUUAAAUAAUUUUUUAAAUACAGGUAAUAAUUUGGAGCCACUGUUUUAUCAAUAAACUGUGCCAGUGAGAUUUCAAAUCCAAAUAAAUGUUGCUUUUUACUGAAGUUGUCUUUUCAAGAUUAAAUAUUAUGUACAUUCAUGCUUGAAUACCAAA